AUGGUGACUCAAUGUGAGACUUUAAUCUUCUUCGAUUUGGAAACAACUGGACUGAUAACACAACUAGACAGGAAUGAUCCUAGAAAUCCACCGUUUGCUCGGCCUGGCGAUAAUCGAGAUGUACAAAAAAUAUUUGAUGCUUAUGAUAAAGGUAUAGUACUGUUUAGAAGCUGUUUCCUUUGGCCAAUUUUGGUAUAUGUAUUUGUAAUGCUUUAAUUGUUUUUGUAUAUGCUUUCAAUGAUCUUUUUCAGUGGAUAAAGCCGGAGAAACGAAACUCCCUAAAAUAAUCGAAUUGUCAAUGGUCGCCGUGCCGAGAAUACAAUUUGAGAAGCAUAUAACUUAUCUGGAUCAGAAUCACAAGUCAGAGAAUAAAGAUUUUAGGUUGGAAUCGGUGCCAUCUAAUGUUUUGACACUUCAGAUUAAUCCUGAUUUUAAACAAGAAGAAUGGAAUGAAUAUAACCAAAAAGAACAGUGGAAAUGUAAGCUUUAAUAUUAUUGUUUGAUUUUUAGGUACGAAAAAGUUUUGUGAUGAGCAACACAGAUUUACUUGGCGAUUGUUGAACUUAUAGUAAGCACAGACAUAUAGCCAUAUCAGUGGACAAUCUAGGUUUUUAUUAAUCUUGAAUAAACUAUUUUUAUCCCAUAUACAAUCUUGUUUUAGAUUCCAACCUAAAGAAGGAAGAUUUAAUAGGAAAACUAACCUUUAAACAAAGCUGGCCAAUAAUAAACGCCUACUUGGAUGCACUACCAGGGCCAGUAGCACUAAUUGCUCAUAAUGGAUUCAAUUUUGAUUACCGAGUAUUACUAGCAGAAUUACGACGAAAUAACUUAACAUCUACAGUAUUCAAUGAGAAAGUACUCUUCUUGGAUACCUAUCUAGCAUUUAAGGACAUAGAAAAAGCGCAUCAUGACUUGAUUAAAGUUGUCAUACAGUCUGUUAAUUGGGCUGAAAGUAAAUUUUUUAUUUUUAUUGAAGGUUUUAGGUACAAACAUGUCUUAUACUGCUUUUGAUACGAUUAUACUUGUUUUUUUUCUCUAAAAAGUCGAAAGGCUUUUGAAAGUAUUAACUGUGAAAAUAUAAGGAUAACGAAACUAUCAACUAUGUUAAUAUACACAAACAUAACAUUUUAGUAAGCAAUUACAUAAAAUCAGUACCAGUACCAUUAGCACAAGACGAAACCAUGAGAUCGGAUGAUUUGGAAGAACAACAAGAACCAAUGCCUAUUGAUAAGGACGGAAGAAAUGGUAAAAAUAGUAAACGUCAGAACAGUAUAGAAGACUUCUUGGAUGAAGCUGAUAUCGAACCAAAGGAAACAUCGGUCCUAAAACGACCAGCUCGAGCUGACAUCUUUCAAACUCCGACAAAACAGAAAGUGCCAGAGAAUAACGGGUGGAAGACUGCGCCUUCUAAGUUGACGUAGGUUGUUUGAUAGCUAAUAUAUUGGUAUAUGGAAGCUGUAGAUAAGAAGGUAGAAUCUGGUUUGUAAAAUGAAUUAUGAGUUAAAUUUAGCUUGUAUUUGGUACUGUCAGUGCUGAUCAAUGCGAAACUUUUGAAAUUUAUUGUUUAAGGAUUUCAAAAAAUUUUGAAUUUCGUUUUUAGUGUUUUUGCUACGAAUGUUGUAGAUGAAGGAAUUUAUAAAGUAAUUUUUGUCAUAGAAAUAAUGUUUCUUAUUUCAGAUUGAACCGCGGAUUCCUGGAGAAAUCGAACAUAAUGAAUCCGCUACGCUUCAUGAAGCACAGCGAAUGGAGUCCAGCCAAAAUUCAUCGAAUUAAGGACGAGCUGUUUGAGUAAGUAUACAUAAGUAUAUAACUCUAUAAGGCUUAUGUAUAGUUAAAACGCGUAUUUAUAUAUUUUUUAUUGUAAAAUACGACUUUCACUCUUCUUCUUAUUUUCUAUGGUACUUCUAACGUACAAUGUUACUAAUGACAUCAAAUUCCAGAAGAAAAUCGGAUGGAUCCUGGUCGUUCCACGGUCACAAUGCGGAACGCUACUUCUUUGCCCCAGGCCAAUUCAAGCUAGGUAACAUUUACAGAAGUAUUUACAACCAAUCUUUUGCUGAACAUCAUGCUCAAGAUGAUUGUUUUGCUCUACUUCAUAUAUGUCUAGCCUAUGGUAAAGACUUUUUGGUCUAUGCUGAUAAAAAGGCUGUGCCUCUAACUCAAUAUUAUGGUAACUCACUUUAA